AUGAGCCAAGGUACAUUAAUCUCCAAUAACAGGAUCCGUUGCUGGGUCCCCAGGGCUCUUGUCGAGUACCUGAAUCUUGACGUGAAGGUUUUGGUCGCGGAAGAAAACCAAGAUAUAUGGGCGUCGAACUUCCCCUUGAAGAAGGUCCCCUGCUUCCUUGGCCCCGGAGGUGAAUUCAAACUCUCUGAGGUCAUUGCCGUGAUGGUCUACUUGAUAAAUCUGUCCAGUAACCAAGAAAAGAAAGAUGCACUGCUCGGUACAACCCCCGAGGAGCAAGCCAAGGUUCUGAUGUUUCUCUCCUUGGGAAAUGCAGAACUCGCAGCCGGGUUUCCCACCAUCUUAGCCCAAGUUCGAGGUGAAAAACCGUUUUCCAAAGUCGAAAUGGAAGCUGCCCUGCGCUACCAAGACAAAAUAGCUGCAAUUUACGAACAGAGACUCAAGGAUCAUACCUACUUGGCAACAGACCAGCUUUCGUUGGCUGAUCUGUUCAACGCUUCGCUAUUCACCCGAGGUUUCGAACAUUACUUCGAUGCCGAAUGGCGCGCCGCUCACCCCUCCAUCAUGAAAUGGUUCAAUCAUGUCACUGCUUCUCCGGCCAUCGCGGCUCUGUACCACGACUUUAAGCCAUGCGAGAAAUUUGCUGCAGAACCGCCUUCCCAGCGCUGA